AUGGCCAGUGCAGGCGCGGACAGUGCCUUUUGGGGCCGGCUACCGGGCCGUGUCGGUGACUUGACGCUCAAAUUCCAAGAGAGUGUGCUCGACCUCGCACCUUCUUGUCUGCUUCUUGUACUGGCACCUGUUGCUGCCAUCUCCUACUUGCAGCAGCCUGUCCAUGUCCGCCGCAGCCCGCUUCUGUGGAUUAAACUCAUAGUAGCUGCCGUUUCGGUUGGAAUAGAGAUAGCGAGCCUUUCAUUCCGUUCUGCAUCUCAUGUCAUCGUCACCGAGACGACUCUCCCAGCUGCCUCGCUGGAUCUCAUCGCCGCUCUCGUGGCGGCCAGUCUCCUUUAUGUUGAGCAUCGACGUGCAAUCAGGUCCUCGGCUCUUCUCGGCCUCUACUUUUUUGUCCGAGUCGUUUUUGAGGCCGUCAAAUGUCGCUCCUUCUUUUCCAGACCCGGACUGGCCCCAGUCGGGGCACUAGCUGCCGCCUCAUGCGGCGUACACUUGGUCCUCCUGACCCUUCAAGAGGUCAGCAAGCGAGAGCUUCUCAUUGAUCCAGCUCUCCAAGAGUCUUUGGGCGAAGAAGGGACUGCUGGAUUUUGGAAAAGAAUGCUCUUCACCUAUUUGAACCCAAUGUUCAUCGCCGGGUUUCGCAACGUUCUCUGUUUGCAGGACCUAGACAACAUUGGACCGGAAUUCUCGUCUGCCCUCUUGCAUAGCAAGUUGAAACAACACUUGCAUGGGGUGCGCUGGAAAUCCAAGAACACACUGUUGCGUAUCUGCUUCGAGGCGUGGAUGUGGCUGCUGCUGCUCGCCUUGGUUCCGCGCGUCUUCCUUACGGGAUUCUCCUUCUCGCAACCAUUCAUCCUGCGUCGUGCCAUUGAGAGUCUCGACGACCCAGACGCUACCAUGGGCGAGGCGACCUUGCUGCUAUGUGCUACGUUUCUGUCCUUUGCCGGCGCCACUCUGUCUAAAAUGGCCACCAAGCACCUGAGUUACCGCAUUGUGACGCGCCUACGCGGUGCGCUCGUCACGCAGUUGUCGGAGAAGAAUGCCCGGUUGCCUCAGUCCGAAGCAAAGAAGUCCUCCGCGAUAACUCUUAUGAGUACUGACGUCGAUGGCAUUGCUAAUGGGUUGCCUAGUAUAUAUGAGCUUGUCAUGACCUUUUUCGAAGUUGGCUUGGGCAUAUACUUCCUAUCAGGCUUCGUUGGCCAGUCAUGCUUCAUGGUCCUCGUACCUCUAGUCGCGUCAACUUGUGUUACCUAUUUUCUGGGACGCUCGAUAGGAUCCGCGUAUCAGGCCUGGAAUCAAAGUAUUGAAGCACGGGUGGCCAAAACUUCGACAGUGCUUAGCCAGCUUAAGGCGAUUAAAAUGCUUGGCAUGGGCCCUGUCAUCGGCGACUACUUGCAGCACCUUCGACAAGCUGAGAUGAUCAAAUCAAACAAGUUCCGAAUUCUCGAAGCAGUGGCGAGUAUCCCAGUUAUUUGCGCCGAACUUAUCACGCCUGUUGUGGUGAUCGCUGCUGCCCUCUUUUGGCACACACUUGGUGGGAGGCUGUCUGCGGCUGCCAUCUUCCCGUCGCUUUCCAUCAUUAUUCUGAUCAAGACGCCACUGGCCCUCCUCCUGAGCGCAUACCCGACAAUGACCUCCAUGUUUCGCUGCUUCAGGCGCAUCCAGGAGUUCCUACAGCUCUCCGAAAGGGAGGAUCCUCGCACUCUGCGAGAAAGCCCCGACAUGGCGCCUCUCGGCGAGAAAGCCGACCCGGCGAAUCCGACAACCUGGCCGAUUGUGGAAUUUGUCGGAGCAAAAAUUGCACCUCCAGGCACUCAAAUUCCCAUCCUCAGCGGCGUCAGCUUUUGUGUAUAUCCUGGCUCGGUGACACUAGCGAUUGGCCCCAACGGUGCUGGAAAAUCUUUGCUCUUGCAGACUAUACUAGGCGAAACUUCGCUAAUCGAAGGCGCCAUAUAUAUUGACAGCAUAUCAAUGGGAUUCUGUGGACAGCUGCUCUGGCUUCAAAAUGUUUCCAUCAGAGACAAUAUCAUCGGCUAUCUGCCAUUUGAUGAGCGGCUAUACCGCAGGGUUCUUCAUUGCUGUCUACUUGAAGAGGAUAUUGCUGCGUUACCAGAGGGAGAAAAUUACAUUGUCGGCAGCGGCGGUUCAAAACUCAGUGGUGGCCAACGCCAGCGAGUCGCACUUGCUAGGGCUUUAUUUGCACGCAUGUCCGUGAUCGUAUUGGAUGACGUCUUCAGUUCUCUAGAUCGAAGGACCGCAACCUCUAUUCUUCUCCGACUCUGCGGCAAAAACGGACUGCUGAGGGAGCUCCAUACCGCCGCUGUGCUCUCUUCGUACUUGCCAGAGUGCCUCGACGUGGCAGACCAGCUACUUGAGCUCGACGGUCAUGGAGGUGUCAGGGUCGAGUCCAAUUUCAGAUCCGGCGGUUCUCGCGAGAGGGCCCUUCGGAUCAUGAAUGUAUCAGGUCGUAUCGAGUCUGAGGAGGCCAUCACAAAGGAACAAGCCGAGCUUCGCCGUUCUUUGGACGCGCAGCAGCCAGAGAAGACGGCACUGCCAGGAGCGGAUCUUGUGCGAAAAGGAGACGCGAGUUUGUAUUGGCUCUUCAUUGACCCAAUCGGAAGGAUUAGAUUGAUGAUUUGGUGCGUGGCCAUGUUCUUUUGUUCCGCAGGAGAGAUGUUUCCGGAUAUCUACAUGCGUCUAUGGAUCGAACGCCACCCAGACGACAAAACCUACUUCAUCGGCUACGCCAGCAUCGCUGUCGCCACAUGCUUUUUGUUUGCACUCACAUGUGCCGUUCUAUUCGCCUACUUGAUACCUCGCACCGCUUUGGGACUGCAUCAUCAUUUAGUUCAGACCCUGAUGCGUGCGACACUGGGCUUUCUCGGCGUAACCGAUAAUGGCGUUCUUAUCAACAGGUUCAGUCAAGAUAUGAGCCUGGUUGCCCGCAAGCUACCCCUUGCUUUUAUGAGAACUUUCUAUGUUUUCUUCACCGCAUUGAUACAGAGUGGUAUCGUUGUGUCCGGCGCCAACUACAUGGCAGCGGUCCUUCCGGUGGUUUUCCUGGCUGUUUAUACCAUCCAGUGGUUUUAUCUGCGAACUUCGCGUCAAAUGCGGGCUCUUGACCUUGAAUCUAGCUCGCCGCUGUAUACCCACUUCCAGGAAACAGCAGACGGCUUGCUAUACAUACGAGCUUUCGGGUGGCAAAUGAAAACCCUCGAGCAAGGGUUUCAUCUCCUGGAUGACUCUCAAAAAGCCUUUUAUUACAUGUACUGUAUACAACAGUGGCUAGGGCUGGUCCUAGGCCUACUGAUUGCAGUGGUCGCCACGACCCUCAUGGCAUUCGUGCUCUUUAUGAAGGGAUCUACGUCGCAGACCGCGCUGGGCUUGGCAUUUCUCAACUUGAUUCUUCUGGCCCAGACCCUGGAGCACCUGAUUCUGGCGUGGACAUCGCUCGAGACAUCCAUCGGUGCGCUCGCGCGACUGCGAAACUUUAUGAACGAGACGCCGCAGGAGCCCAGCGACCGGCAUCUCCAAGUGCCCGAAAACUGGCCGUCUCUCGGACACAUUGAACUGCAGAAUGUAUCAGCGGAUUAUUGGGACGACAACAGACGACCACCUGUACUGCAGAACCUGUCGCUCUCCAUAGAUGGGGGACAGCGGGUCGGCCUUGUCGGACGCACUGGAAGUGGCAAAAGCUCCCUGUUUCUCGCGCUUCUCGGUUUCCUUCACUGCAAAGGCGUGAUCACUAUCGACGGCAUUGACAUCUCGUCAAUUCCCGUCGACGUGCUGCGAUCCCGCAUCGUCACCAUCUCCCAGGAUCAGAUCAAGCUUGACGCCACAGUGCGGACCAACCUGCUGCCGUUUACUCUGAACGUGGACAGGGAGGAGAUGCGACCGCAGCAAAGACGAGAAGCCGAAGCAAAGGACAUGAAGCUUCGCGAGCUCCUGGUCCGGCUCGGUAUCUGGUCGCACUUGAGCGACAAGGGAGGCCUAGAUGCUAUGCUGGACGAUGUCGGUUAUUCCCAUGGCGAGAUGCAGUUGUUCUGCCUGGCACGUGGUAUUAUGCGCUAUCAGGACACGGGAAGCAAGGUCGUGUUGAUAGACGAGGCGACCAGCAGUGUCGAGGAAGAACGAGAGCGCGUCGUUCAGAGGAUCAUGCGCGAUUCGUUUCCGGAUUGUACAAUCCUGGUCAUUGGACAUCGAAAAUCGAGCGUUACGGGCGUGGAUUUCACUGUCGAGCUGUCCAACGGCAAGGUGGCACAUAUCGAUCAGACGCUGCCGGGCGCGGAGGGAUGGGGUUCUGAAUAG